UUGCACUACUUCAGACUGAGAAUGCUGGAUUUGAAUGCUAGAACUUCUGAUGUUCUCACGUCUAAAAACAACUGUAACACCAAAAAGAUACUUAAACAUGCCAAAGAGGCCAUGUAUAAAUAGGAAGAGUACAGGACAUGGGGCUAGAGAGACUCGACUCAAAAUCAACUUUUCCAACUACUGUGCCUUUAGUAACAGUCCCUCCCUUAGGUAUCUUCCUCAGGAUCUCUGCUCCUGUGUGUGAACACAAUGAGUAGUUUACUUUUUGCCUAUGUUUCUAAAAUAAUAAAAGCUCCUAUGGCAUAGGGCCUUGAUCAUGGUUCUCUAUGCCCAGCAUAUUGUACACUGCCUGGCUCAGAGUUGGCACUAUUUUCAAUUCUCUUCUUUCCUGAGAUGGAGACAAAUUCCUGCAUCACGUGGUCAUUUUAAAUAAGAAUAUACAUGUGACAGCUCAGCUCAUGAAAUUUUGAGAAACAAACAGUAAAGUCUAAUAAGUUAGUAUGUGACUAUCAAGUCUUUUGGGGGUUGCAAAGGCGACAACUCCUUUGAGUAACAUGUUCACAAAUGCCAAUCUACUCCUCCCGGCUGAGCGGUAUCUACUCUAAAAGUCAGGAGGGGACUGGGGUCGCUUAUUCUUACACGUUAACCACGGGGUCAGGCCAACAACCACGGCACCCCGAUUCCUGGCAGCGAAGUCACUAAUGGGAUUGUUAUUUCCGGCCAGAGACAGGACAAUCCGGGGCGGGGCCUAGAAGCCUGCGGGUGAGGAUGGUUUUCGCCAAGGCCCCGCGGCCAGGAUGGCACUGAGCUUCGGGUACUCACCUGCUAGCCUCAGAGCUGUGCCCUCAGCUCAUGCCCCGAAAGCAGCUUCCGACGCUGGGGUCCGAGCGAAGGACCUGAGGUUACCUCUGCCGAAACACCGCUCGCCGCCUGGCCGCCCGUGACGCACUACGCCUGCGCCGCCGCGCUGGCCCGUGACGUCAUGACGCCCGCACCUCCGCUGUCCCGCGUGUGUUUCUCUAUAGUCCCGGCCGUAGCUGUGGCUGCUUCUGAGGAUUCUCUUCCGUCAUGGCCUCGGGAAUAAGAUGCUUUCGCCUGCUGCACCCUGCUUUUCGCAGUUACCAUGCUGCUUUGACCAGACCUGUUUCAGAAGUUUCCAUGAAGACAGUGAGUGGAAGACAACAUGGCCAUAGGCAGUACUCAGCCUACCCAGCAGUACCAGUUCGCCAUUUUGCAACCAAGAAAGCCAAAGAUUUGUGGAGAUGGUCUUAUGAAAAGUUCAUGGGCUUAAAAUUAGACAGAUCUGGGACCAAAUCUUGACUUGAUCAUUUCCUGACCUGUGACCUUAGCUAAAGGGAAAGGACAGCCCCAGGCCAGGGUGACCGUUAAUAGAGCCUUGGUCGAGGAUAUCAUCAGCUUGGAAGAGGUGGAUGAAGACAUGAAAUCUGUGGUGGAAGCACUUAAGGAUAAUUUCAAUAAGACUCUCAACAUAAGGACUGCACCAGGAUCCCUUGAUCAUAUUACUGUGGUAACUGCUGAUGGGAAGGUUGCUCUAAAUCAGAUUGGCCAGAUCUCCAUGAAGUCGCCACAGGUGAUUCUGGUGAAUAUGGCCAGCUUCCCAGAGUGUACAGCUGCAGCUAUCAAGGCUAUAAGAGAAAGUGGAAUGAAUCUGAACCCAGAAGUGGAAGGAACACUAAUUCGGGUACCCAUUCCUAAAGUAACCAGGGAACACAGAGAAAUGCUGGUAAAAUUGGCCAAACAGAACACCAACAAGGCCAAAGAAAAUUUACGGAAGGUUCGCACUAAUGCAAUGAAUAAACUGAAGAAGUCAAAGGACAAAACCUCGGAGGACACCAUUAGACUCAUCGAGAAGCAGAUCAGCCAAAUGGCAGACGACACGGUGGCAGAGCUGGACCAGCAUCUGGCAGCAAAGACCAAAGAACUCCUUGGAUGAAAGUCAGCAGUCACAGCCGGACACCGAGUCCUGUGUCUGCUCAUGCCGUGGGUGGCAAGCUCGUGUCUACACUGCCCUGACCAUGCACCCGAGGCUGAUACUGCUGCGCCUCCAUCGUCUGCUCAGUCUCCUGUUGGGAUGCUCAGAUUUAUGGAAUCUCUUCCUUGUUCCCGUGCACAGGCUUGUUCUGCUCUGAAUCUCCCCUUGUGAAUGUCUCUGUUGGCAGAGGACCUUUACUCUGGCAGUGACCUUGACUGUGGUGUCACCACAGCACUAGGGCCGCUGUCAGGCUUAGCAGCUCCUCUCAUCAACACAGGAGCCUCCUUUCAAACUGUGAAUCAUACCCUGCCCUUGUGUUAAACUCAUUUGGAUUAAUGUGGGCCUUCAGUCUGACUGCUGAUGAUCAAGCCUAAAUAAAUUGGAAAAUAACAACCACAGAAGAAAGAUAGAGUGGUUUGGAUGGAAGAACCCCAGAACUUGUUUAUAAAGCAACCAAGGGCAGUUUUUGCCUCUGGGUUGUCCUCCCACAUGCUGUUCAUGUGGGCCAAGCUUCCGCUCCUAACUAGCCCUGUUUACUGUGCCAUCAGUUGCCCGCUCUGGGCAGUCUCUCUGCCUCCAGAGCUAGGCCCCGGUUUUGGCUGGGCUCCUCUUAUUUCAUCCUCUGUUUUUCUUUUCUGUUAGUCUAUAUCUUGAGAAAAAUUACCAGAGAGAAUGACACAGAGUACCGCUUGAAGUUGUCCAUGUAUUUAUGUUGUAAAAAUUGGUAGCUGCUCACCAAAUGCUUUCCUUCUCUCUCUCAUUUCACUCUUGUCUCUGUCAGCAUUUACUUGGUAAUGAGCUACUGUUUUUCCAGGGCCUGUCUCCCUGGCCCUUGUUUUCCUUUUAAUUGUUGUGUGCCAUGCCAUAGCUUUUGUAUAGAUGUCAGGUCAGACCUCGCCCAGCUCUUGCACCAUGUGGGGUCAUGGAUGGAACUCGGGUUCUUGAACUUGCACCAAGUACCCUCACCUGCUGAGUCACCUCCCUUGCUGUACUGCGGCUUCCAUGCCAAGUUAGGUUAGUCUUUCCCCCUUCUCCUGCAGUCAUUCAUUCAAUUAUAAUAAAGCUACUUUUAGGCAUUAUUUGUAA